AUGGCUUCGUCCCUAGCCGCGCAGCUGUCGCAAAUCGCGGCCAAGUCGACACAUGAACUGGACCUCAAGGCGCAGAGGGUGCUCCACUCACAGUCACUUAUUUUUGACCAGAAGAUCGCUGCGACCCAGGACUUUGAUGCGAUCUAUGACAUUUGUUACGAUGGGUUCCAAGAAUUAUGCUCUCUGGACCCCCGCUUUGUGGAGUUUGAUCGCACAAUAUUCAGCGAGCAAAGCAAAGUAGAGGAUCGCAGCCAGAUGAACUCACAACAAAACAAGGAACUGGAUACUGCGGUGGAGGCUUUCCUGGCGCUGGUUGGCGGCAGGCUACAGCUUAGUCCAGCAGUGAAGGCGGUGGAUUGGCUCGUGAGACGCUUCAGAAUCCACGAGUUCAAUACGACGACCGUAUUGUUGACAUUUUUACCUUACCACACCACGCCGCUCUUCUUAAAUCUAUUAUCCAUCCUUCCCGAAAACCUUACACCGACUUUCAAGAUCCUCAAUCCAUACAAGCAUAGUCUCAUCAAUCCGCCAAGACAUCCGCUCGUUCACAGCGCAGCCACCAACAAGUCAUUUUUUGCAGAACUAAAUGAAUAUGUGCUGCAAGUCUGUCGCCAGAAUGCUCAGAGCCAUGCAUUGCUUACUUUCUGGGCUGGUAUUGUUACUGAGGCCAUUGCAACAAUGCUUGAUGUUGCUCGCUCGGGAAAACGGGAAGCCGAAAAGGAUAAGCAUGAAGAUAUCCUUCUGCGGGUUCUUCCUGUCCUCAGUUCUGCCUUCACGAUUGAAAAUGUGCCCGAGCUUCUUGUCGGGUGCUAUAUGAUUUGCGUUGUCCUGGCACAAAAGGCCUUCCUCUCCAAUGAGGUCAUCGAAGGCCUCAUGGAGAGUGUUGUUGGCUCUUGGUCAGAAGACACCAAGACAUCUGGUUUGAUUUGUUUAUCAGUCCUCGCCCAACAAAAGCCUUCUAUUACAAUCCCGAAGCGAGUUUUCAGGUCCAUUCUUCGCCUGGAGAACCCCGUUAAUCAGCUUUCUGAAGUUGCCACACAAUAUCAGACGUCCAACUUGCUCCUUGGAAUUAUAGCUGGGUGCCUGAAUGAUCUUCACAAGCCGAACAACAGCCAUCUGGCAGUAUUGACUUCUAUUUUCGACCGUCAGCUUCUUGGCCAGGAUCAAAUCGGCAAGGCAAUGAGCUUGGUUCUCGAGGCCGCGUCUAGCGCCGAUGAGACCCGCGGCAUGUCUUUGGAUGCCCAGACACAACUCGCGGAGCUUGUACAAGGAUUCAAUCGCUCCGAAACUCUCCAGCACGUCUUCCAGAAGACUUUGAACGCAUCCUCAUUCAAUAUUCCGGCUCUCGAGCACAACCUUCAGACCGUCAUUGAGGCCCCUAUCGCGGCACCUCUCCUUGAAGAUGUGGAGAUGGCCGAUGUAGACGAGCAACCUGAAGUGGAUGCAUUUACCCCGGCUUUGGAGUCAUUGGUCAAUGAGCCCCUGUUCUCGUCAUCUUUCCUAUCCAAGCAAUCGAUCAUUGAAUUUGACAAUCUUGUACGGGUCUUUGCCCUGGCCGCUGAUUCCGAAGAGAACGUGGAAAGCUUUACCAAUUUGUCCAUCCUGGGCAAAUCUCAAGCCACAAAGUCACCUCAGUUCCUGUCUUUCUUCAUCAGAGUCGUGACUGGCCCUUAUCCUAUCGGGACCAAGAUUGCCGCUCUGAACGUUGUAUCAUCUGUUCUUGCAGCCGCUCCCAGUGACUUCGAUCCCCAGGCUCUCCUGCCAUUCUUGUUUGUUGGUCUCUCGGAUCCCUCCGAGCGGAUUCGUCGUGAGACUGCUGGUGUUCUGGCCAUUGUUGCAUCUUUGUACAAGAACUCAAAGGCUUCCGACAGCUCCAAGCCUUGGGCAUUCGACUCGAUUUACGGAAAAGGAAAGCCUUCCACGAGUGUCGCAUGGCUCUCAAACAAGGAUUCUCAAAAGAUUCUGGAGCGAUCUCUUCUCCCUGAAUUGGAGGAGUCUAUUCUUGACCCCAAUCACGUUCAUCGGGCGCUAGAGGCUACUCUCCGUGGCAAUGUUCUUUCGGAAGCCUCCGGCGCAUCCGAGCUGAAGAAGGCUCUGCGUCUAAGUUUCUACACCUCCUUGUGUUCCCACAUCAAUAGAAUCCCGGUCUUUUCUCCCAAGAUUGGCUUGUUGAAGUUGAUCAACACUGUGGAGAAGGUCUCCACUGCAACCCUUGCCGAUGAGCUUCUUCCAUUGCUUGGAGACUGGCGCGGUUUAACCGAGAAGGAAGUCGAGGAGAUCUGCAGCAAGGAGCGCAUCAUUCCAUCUGAGACCGAAUCCCUGAUCACCGCUGUUGUCACAGCAAAGAAUAAAGAUGCAUUGGAUAUUCUUCUCUCAAAUGCCAGCUUUAGUGAUUCGUUGCGUCCGGCCUUCGUGGCGGCUUGCUUCGCCCAGAUCAAAAACGUUUGGCCCAAGGUUGCUGAAGACCGACAGCUGGCUGCAUCGGAGAAAUUGCUUGAUAUCUCCCUUGGUGUAUCGGUCAACAACAGCCCUUUGAUCAACAACUGCCGGAAUGUUCUGCGCACUAUUGAGCUGUCUGGCGCUGUUCUUCAGCAAUUCGUUCAAAAGAUCCCCGUAUCUAUCACUGAUGUCGAAUCCAUUGGCCCUGCCCCCAAGCGGAGACGCACCAGCCAGAACAACAUGAUCGCCAUGACUGUAAAGGACGAAGCAGAGCUGACCAAGCUUAUGGACAAAAUGACCUUCAUCCUGGAAAUUGUCGACAGCUCUUCCCCGGAGGCUCACCCCGAGCUGACGGAUGGUUUGUUCCAGACUCUUGCCGCCCUUCACCACUUCAAGUCUCAAAUCCAAUCUGGCAUGAGCUACCUCCUCAGCUUGACCCUUGGGAGUCUUUUGGCUAUUGCGAAUCAGUCGAAGGGAUCUGUCAAGCCCAAGUUCGACACCUCUGUCAUUAGAGCUGAUCUAGUCGUGGAUUGCGUUCGCACCACAGACAGCCCACAGGUCCAGAAUGUGGCACUUCUACUUGUUGGCAGCUUAUCUGUCAUUGCCCCCGAGUUGGUUCUUCACAGUGUCAUGCCGAUCUUCACAUUUAUGGGCAGCAGUGUUCUUCGCAAGGACGAUGACUACUCUGUCUCUGUCAUUGACCAGACCAUUGAUCAGGUGGUUCCCGCACUCAUCCAGUCUCUGCGUACCCAGAAGCGGGAUGUCGUCUCCGGUACUUCCGAGUUGCUGCUCAGCUUCACUGCCGCCUUCGAGCAUAUCCCCUCUCACCGGCGUUUGCGACUCUUCCAUGCUCUCAUCAGCAAGCUUGGAACCCAGGACUUUUUGUUCGCUGUCUUGGCAAUGCUUGCUAACCGGUACUCAACCGAUAAGGAUGUUCUCACUCUGAUGACCGGCUUGGUUUCGGAUACUACCCCUGUCAUUGAGCUCACCACGUACAGCAAGUAUCUUAUGCUGAUUAGCGAUGCUUUGAAGCCCAAGCCUGGUAUCUCCCAGGUUCUCCUUGGAAUCGGCAGUGACGAUGGACGCGAACCUCAGAGCAUCUCAAUUGACUUACUGCGAGAUCUCGCCCACCUGUUCAAGCACUCGUCCCUUAAGUCCAAGCUUGAGACGGCCUUCGAGUCGGAGGGCGAGCUUGCCGAUCAGUCGCGCGCAUGCUUCUCUCGGGUAUUGGAACAGGUAUUGAACAUCGGAGAGGGUGUUAAGAACAUGAAGCUCGUGAGCCAGGCUUGCGGCGAAGUGCUCGGCUCCCUCUUCAGCACUUUGUCUCUUGUCGACUUCCUCGACACUAUCGAGGUUCUACUCCAGGGUCCUAACGACGAGCUCCGCCGUAAAGUCCUUCGCCUGCUCGAGAAUCGCCUUCGCCAGACCCCCGAGCGUGACAAUCUGUCACAGAUCCGUGUCCUCGACUUCCUACCUACAUUGGUCGGCAUCGUCGAAUCUUCCCCCGAUAUCUUGCUCAAGCAUGCCGCUGUUUCAUGCAUCGAUCGUAUCACCGACAAGUACGGCCGCAAGGAUCCGUCUAAGGUUAUUCCUGCCGCUAGAGCUGUUGCCAGCGAAUCUUGCCUUGGUCAGUCUGAUGACCGCAUUCGCUACAUCGGCAUCCUCUGCCUGGCUUCUAUGGCCGAGGUUCUGGGCCAGGCUAUGAUUCCCGCCCUUCCGGACACCCUCAAGCGCUCUUUGGAGUUGCUCGAACUGAGCCUCGUUUCUGGCAAAGAGAACUCCCGUCUCCACGAUGCCAUCUUCACGCUCUUCUCUGCUCUCUUUGUUCACUUGCCAUUCAUGAUCUCUGCUGGUCACUUGGACAAGGUUAUGCUGCUUUCUUUCAAGUCUGCUAAUGCCGACAUUGAGGAGAGCAGCGACGAGAGUCGCCAAGAGUCCCUCCGCUUGCUAGCUCGCAAGGUUGACGUGAGUGCUACUCUUGGUGCUGUUGACCGCAACUGGCAAAAGGCCGUUGAGGCUGGCCCCAUUGCCGUCAAUGAGAUUUUGGAGGUAGUCACUCUUGCCGUUGACAAGCAUCCCAAAUCCACUAUCGCCAAGAACAUUGGUACCCUCACGAAGAUCCUUUUCAAGGCAUUCGAUCUGCGACGUGAACAGAUCGCCCUGGGUGAUAAGGCUGUCUUUGAGUCGUCUGCCAUUGACGAGGCUGAGUCUGCACUCAAUGACGUGACCAUCAAGAUGAUCUACAAGCUGAACGACAGCACCUUCCGACCCAUCUUCCUUCGUUUCGUCGAAUGGGCCACUACGGGUGCUCCCAAGAAGGACGAGCAGGCCCAAAUAUCGCGCCUCACAACUUUCUACAAGUUCCUCGAGGUGUUCUUUGGCACUCUUCAGUCUAUCGUCACCGGGUAUUCCAGCUACGUGUUGGAGAAUGUUGUCGGUAUCCUGAGCACCACCGGACCCUCCAAGGCCCAGAAGCCCCUUUGGCUCGCAGCCCUUCGCAUGCUCCGCAAGUCUUUCGAGCAUGACCAAGAUGAAUUCUGGCAAUCCCCCUCCCACCUCGCAAGCAUCUCAGGUCCCCUGAUCUCCCAACUCGCCCACGCAACCACCUCGACUACUUCGAAUAUGGUGGUUGCCGACGUUGUACCCACGAUCACGGAGCUGGCCCUCGCUGCCGACUCCACGGAUAACCACAAGGAACUCAACUCCGCUUUGAUGAAGUAUCUCCGUCCUUCAUCUGCGCCUAAUGCCCGCUCUGCAGGUGGUGACAGCGCUUUCACUCGUCUUGCCGCCCUCAAAACCGAGCAGGCUCUUACUGAGCAGCUGGGCGAGGAAUGGCUGGCACUUCUGCCGGAGAUGUUGCCUUACAUCAGUGAGCUGAUGGAGGAUGAAGACGAAAAUGUCGAGAGAGAGGUCAGGAAGUGGGUCAAGCAGAUCGAGAAGGUGCUUGGUGAGCGCCUCGAUGACAUGCUGACCUAG